AUGUCUCAUCUACUCUUGGUCCUACUUUCGUUAUUUUCCCUUGCAGUCCCUCUGGAAGCGAAGUGGAAACUGAGGGAGAAUGUUUACGUCAUAGAGUCAGAAUGGACUCAGGAAGCACCAGCUGAAGAAGUGGAGCUCACCUGCAAUUUAUCUGAAGACCAAUCUAUGUCAGUCUACUGGAUGAAGGAUAAGGAAAAAAUAGGAACUGACAAGACAUUAGCCAUUUCAGUCAAGGAAUUUCCAGAUGCUGGCAACUACACCUGUCACAAAAGUGAUACCCAUGAGAUUUUAAGCUACUAUUUUUUCCUUAUUACUAAAAAAGACUCAAGUAGGCAAAUAUCUAAGUGGAUUCUAAAAAGUUUUAAAGAGCCAAACAACAUGACAUUUUUAAAAUGUGAGGCAAAGAAUUACUCAGGGAUUUUCAUAUGCUCAUGGAAGACAGAAAAUGAGAGUCCAAAUGUGAAGUUCACAAUCAAAAAUCUAAAAGGAACUCAAGAGGAUGUGUCUGGAAGUGUAAUCUGUGGAAGCCCUGUGCCUCAACGCUAUGAACUAGAGACAACGUACACAGUCAGUUGUCAGAAAAUCAACCACUGCCCAUUUGCUGAGGAACACCAGCCCAUUGAGAUGUUCCUGGAGGUCAUUGAUGAGACACAAUAUGACAACUGCACCAGCAGCUUCUUCAUCCGAGAUAUCAUAAAACCUGACCCACCCAAGUGUGAGCAUGUGGUCAAAAAUGGCACAGUGACUUGGAAAUACCCCAGAACAUGGAGCACACCAGAGUCUUAUUUCCCUUUGACAUUUAAGGUCAACGCUGAAGAGUCAAACCCCAGCAAACACAAGUCUUAUGAUACUGAUGAACAGUUCAUUCACUUGACAACGACAAGCAAGCUAGAGAAGAUCUACGUCCAGGCCAGAGAUCGGUAUUACAAUUCAUCUUGGAGUGACUGGAAACUCUGCAGGUAA